UCUUUUAAGUCAAUUCUCUCCAAUACUUUCUCAGUUCUUUCUCAUUUCUUCCUCAAUUUCUCAGAUCUGGCCUCUCUCCCUUUCUAUAUAUAUGUAGUCUAUUGAGCGGCGCUUUCUCAGAUCUGGCCUCUCUCUCGAGUUUCUCCAGCAGCGCCACUCGAUCUUUCUCUCUCUCAAUUAUCGCUUGAAGCCUCUCUCUCGGUCUCACGGGUUGCGGCCUCACCUUUGUCGGUCUGCCAUAAAUCAACUCACUCUUAGGUUUUGCUCCUCUUCGAGUCGCAACACUCACCUGAGACUUUCCUCCCGACCAGGGUACACGUCGCACGUGCCGCCCUCGGCCGAGGACGUGGAUCGCGAGGACCACCACGCUCCUGGAGAGUUCCUCGGAAGCGUCCUCCUGCGAUCGGAUCCCUUGCCGUCGCCGGGUUCGUAUCCUCGACGUGGGUCAAGUGCUCAGGUAUUAGAGUCGAGCGAGGCUUCGUUGAGCGACCUAAGCGGAAAGAAAGAGAGUGGAAGUCGCUACUCAUCUUGAUCGUGCCUCUCUGGCUGUAGAAAUCUCCUCGAGCACCACCCCAGAAAAGAAGUCACCCGUAGCAUCAAUCCGUGUGGCUACAUGGCGAGAGAAGAGGCCAAGUCAGGAACUGCAACCGGUAAUGACUACGACGUGUUCUUGUCCUUUCGAGGACCCGACACUCGCAGCACAUUCGCAGAUUUCCUCUAUGUGUUCAUGAAAAACAGGGGAAUCCGCGUUUUUAGGGAUGAUGAAGAGUUACCGCCGGGAGAAAAGAUCUCGAAGAUCUUGCGAGCAGUAGAAAGCUCCCAAAUAUACAUUCCUAUUUUCUCUAAAAACUAUGCUUCGAGUAGGUGGUGCCUCCGAGAGCUGAAAUACAUGGUGGACGGCCAUGGCAAACACCCAUCGAAACAAAUACUACCCAUCUUACCCAUCGAAACAAAUACUACCCAUCUUUUACGAUGUGGACCCAGAGGAUGUUAAGCUUGAAACGGAGUUGUACAAAAGCGCCCUAACCGAGCAUGAGGAGGACCCCGGCUGCACUGAUUGGAAGGAGGCUUUGACCUCGGUGGCUAGAAUCAAGGGGUGGCAUAUAAAAGAUCAAAGGCAAGGUGAGGUCAUCGAGGAUAUUGUUAAGGAGGUAUUGCAGAAGAUCAAUACAACAAAAAGAGAUUUGCCAGCCCAUCUAGUUGGAAUUGAUGAUCGUGUAGAAGACAUAAAGAGACUGUUAAAUUGUGAUAAUACUAGUGAAGUACGAUCUGUCAUAAUCCAUGGGACAGGUGGCAUGGGAAAGACAACUCUUGCCAAAGCAGUCUUCACUGAACUCUCUCCUCAAUUUGAAAAUCACUCAUUCCUUUUAGACAUCCAACACCACAGCCUUGUAAAACUUCAGAAAAAAUUAGUGGUGGAUCUUUUCCAUUUCUUACUUCCUAAAACCUUUGACUCUGAGGAAGGGAACAAUGUGAUCAGAAGAAUGUUACCUAGCAAACGAGUCUUGCUUGUUUUUGAUGGCACAGAUGAAAAUGAUCAAUCUAUGCAACUAGCAAAGUAUUGUACUUUGUGUGGUCCGGGGAGUAGGAUCAUCAUAACAACCAGGAAUAAGAGCGUUUUUUCUAUGAUCAAGGUGGAAGGAUUUGAGGAAACUAUCUCAACAAGUUCUACACAUUAUUCUGUACGAAAUGAAGACAAUGCAUUUGGAUCAUGCUCUUCAACUUUUCAACAAGCUUGCUUUCAACACAGAUUUAGCUCCACCUAAUUUAUAUGAUCUUUCAAAAGAAGUCGUUGAACUCACCGGAGGACUUCCAUUGGCUCUUGAGGUGAUGGGUUCACAGUUCCGUGACCAAGAUCAAGAUCGAGCGAAGUGGAUAAGCAUGGUGAAGAAGUUGAAGGACAUACCUCAUACAGAAGUUUUACAGAGGUUAAAGAUAAGUUAUGAUACACUUGAUGAUUGUGCACAACAAAUCUAUCUGGACAUUGCAUGUUUCUUUGUUAAUAAGAAAAAAACUUUACCAAUGUAUAUGUGGGAAGCUUGUGGCUAUCACCCGGAAGUCACAAUUGACGUCCUUAUCAACAAGUCCUUGAUCAAGAUUGUUGACCGUGAUAUCAUAUGGAUGCAUAAUCUUUUGAGAAAUGUCGGAAGGGAAAUUGUUCGUCAAGAGAUUGCAGAUCAAAGCAGAAGUUGGUGUCUUGAGACAGCCCAUGAAAAGGUAAGUAUGAACAGCCCUAUUUUAUUCCUUCCUACGUUACUACGCAUAUAAGAGUUGAUCUCUUGUUCAGAUUACCUUCUUCAUUUAUUGCUAUAGGGAAACCUGGAAAUUGACUAUGUUUUUCGUUAAGUGAGCAAUUUGGUAAUUAUCUGAUUUUUUUCACCAAUAAAUAGUGCACCCAUUUUCGCUUAUUUUUAGUUAGAUAAAAGUAUCUGAAAAUAAUAGAAAUUGGGUUUAAAAGACCUUUUUUUUUAAAGACCAUUUGAACCA